AACAUCAUGGACCACGUGAUGCACAUGAUGUCCAAGUAUUCGGACCACCUCGAGGAGAUGAUAGAGGAGAGAACCGCAAAACUGGUGGAAGAGAAGAAGAGAUCUGAAGAAGUCCUUUCGUGGCUCCUUCCUAAGACUGUGGCGGAGAGCCUAAAAUCCGGACAGAUUGUUGAACCUGAAUCGUUUGCGUCUGUAACCGUUUUCUUCUCUGACAUUAUCGGUUUUACCAAGAUUGCAUCAGAAAGUACACCGCACCAGGUUGUUAGCUUGCUGAAUUCCUUGUAUACAACGUUCGAUACGAUUAUAAAGAAAUUUGAUGUCUACAAAGUGGAGACUAUCGGAGACGCCUACAUGGUGGUCAGCGGUAUUCCAAUACGUAACGGAAUCCACCACGCUGGGGAGAUCUGCACUAUGGCCCUUCACCUUCUCAGUUCGGUGCUCAGUUUCAAGAUUGUGCACAGACCAAACAAAAAGAUGAAGCUCAGGAUUGGCAUCCAUAGUGGACCUGUCGUAGCUGGUGUUGUGGGUCAUACGAUGCCGCGGUAUUGUCUGUUCGGUGAAACAGUCAGCCAUGCGUCUAACAUGGAAGCCUCCGGAUUUGCUCUGCGAAUCCACGUGAGUGAAGAAUGUAAACAGUUGCUUGAUGAACUGGGUGGAUAUCACUGUAUCAAGAAAGGAGAAGUCACCUUCCAUGGUCAGGGAACGUACAUGACGUACUUCCUGUUCGGAAAAGACGGAUUCACAAACCCACUGCCCAGUCCACAUUUCGCAGACGAUUCUGAAAUGUGCGAGGACGUGUAGCUGUGAUAGAUGAAGAUUGUAUUGCCAGACACGACGUACCUAGCGAAACUGCAAGAGAUAAAUGAAUAGACCUAUCACAUAUUGCAACUGCUCAUGCGCAACUUAUUAACAACUCUUAACAAGGAACUUGCGUAAGAAUACAUAACAAAAUAGGAGGUGGGUCGUGUCAUGUCAUAGGGGUUUACGUGCACAUUCAGAGCCAGCUGUUGCAGCGCACGCCUGUCAUGGGUACAGGUGCCGGCCUUGGCCGGCUUCUCUGUCCAGGACAGGAAA